UUACUUGCAGUUAUUUAUAAUACAAAGUGUAAUUAGUUUGUUUUUUUUCUUUUUGCCAAUGUUUAACAUUUGUCCUAUAGCAUACUAAUUAUUUUUUGCUUUCUUAAAGAAAUACCUUCUUAGUGUUCCACCUUACUAAGAAAAUAGCUUAAGAAGUGGUUUGGUGAUCCUUUUUUGAAGUAUUUUCAACAAACAAUUUUUUUCUCAAAUACUGAAGCUGUUUGCAAAAACCUAUGAAGUAAUUUUCCAUGCUUUUGAACCUAAGCUGAAUAAAUGCAGUGAGUGUAACUCAAGUUUAAUUUUCAAUGGUUUGGUUUGAUUUGUACAUAUAAUAGUGUUUGAUCUCUAAAUGCAGAUCUCUCUCUGGUGCUUAAUUUUCAAUUCUUAAUCUCCUGUGACAGACUUUAGCAUUGUGAAACUUGUUUUAAAUGUAUUUAAAACUCUAAAAAUCCUAUUAGUCAUAAACAUCUAGUUUUUGUUGGACUAUCUGAACUGUAAAGUCAUGAAAUGAGGGGCUAAACUAUUUCAGUCCCUGAGAAAAAUAAAUAGGAAAAAUAGGAGAAAUGCUGGUCAUUCAGAAUUCCUGCAUACAGUUGGCAUCCAAGACAUGCUAUGGAAUCUGUACAGCAGAAUAAAAAAAAAAUGCUCUUGAGAUUUAAAUGGGAAUAGAGUGUAUCAAUGGUCUUGCCAUUGGGAAGGGAAUGACUUCAGAAAGCCAAAAAGUAAUCCUGUGUGCAAGUUUGUAGGUCCUGCAGGUGAGUGUUGCAAAGUGCUGAGCAAAGAAUAGAUGUGGUUUUGUUAAAUUUAAAUUCUCUUGAGCCCAUAAAACAAAAAAGACAAGAAGGAAUUGACUGUGAAAUGGUUGAUCUUGGUGGCAGCUUCAGCUGUUCUGUGCCUUCUGGAAAUGGAGCAAGUAAUAAUAACCUGAGGUUUUUUUCCCUAACAUAAACCCUUAAAUAUUUUAAAACUAUUCCUUUACUUACCAAUGUUUUAUCCUUUAGCUUAGAAAAAAGCUGUCAUAGUGAAGUGUUUCUUUAUAGACACUCUUCUUUGUGCUUUGUGUAUCUAUAUCCCAAUUACAUGAGAGGUGUCUCAGUUAUAAAGACCUAAACCCAAAAAUGGACCGUGUUUCAAUGGCUUUGUCAGGGAUAAAUAAAAUAGAUUUUAUUGAGGUUGUAGUAGACUCUCAUUUAUGCUAUUGACCUUGGUGGUGGUGGUGGUUUGAUAUUGUUGGUUUUGAGUCUUAUUUGGCUUUUUUUAUUGGUUUUGUUCUUUCGUUUGGGUGUUUGUUUUGUUUUUUGGUGAUUGGCAUGGCACUGACUUUCACUCCUUUGUGAUCCCCAGCAGCUUAUUUCUGUGUUACAGGCUUCCUGAGUUGUUAGUUGUUUAUUUGUAUUUGUGCUACUCAUUACUUCUGUGGAAAUGCUGAUACUUAUAUUUCUCUUUAUUACAUUGCACUCCUUUGAAUCGUACUGAAUUUUAAUACAGUGAUUUCUUGCAGCAUCUUCCUCCCACCCUGCCUUGAUUUGGUAUCAUUCUCAGAUCACUUGUAAAGGAACUGAAACUGACUGUUCCACAGUUCGGGUUAUCUGUGAAAAAAAUAGUUGUACUGGACCUAGGGGAGAUGUCAUGGAACAUUGCUUGAUAUUUUCUUGCAGUUUGAUUGUCAACUAAUAUAUGAAACGUUUUCAAUAGGGCUGUGUGUUCUUUAAUUUCAGCUAAGGAGUAAUCCCUUAAUUUGUGGCAAGUUUCUGUUACCAUAUAGGACAGGAUAAUGUUUCUUCGGACAGUGAUGACUUGUUUUAUAGAAGGUUUGGGGCUCUCAUUUGGUUUCUGUUGUAGAUCAUGUACAAAGUAAACAUGGAAGUAAAUGCCCAGUUUGGGCUUUGCAGCCUGAGCUCAUAUUAGGAAGAGAAUCCACCCACUAAGAGACACUAGAAUGCUCUGACUUAAUAUAAAGCUUUAGAUAAAGCACAUAGCUUUCAUUUUGCAAAGUCAAGGGAUCAGGAGUUUUUACAGAAAAGGAGAGUGUACUUGUCAGUUCUCAGAUUUUUCUGAGGCCUGGAUUGCUAUAUACCAAGGCAUAUCAGAUUGGUUUUGUGUUCUGCAAUUUUUUUGUACUUUCCCAAGGGGCCAAGAGGUGUGCCAGACUGGUGGCAGGUCCCAUUGUUGUUACUCCUCCUUGUGCCAGGGUGCAGAACUGCAUGCAAGAGAACUGUGAGACUGAAGUGAAAGCUUUUGCUCAGUGCUUAUUACUAUGUUACCAUGACAGCAGGAAGGUAGCUGUUUUGUAUUAGGGUGAAUUUUAGUUUGUGAGUGCAGUGCUGAAAAUCGUUUGGAGCCACCAGUGUUUACCUCCUGAAGAAAGGAGAGACUGUUUUGUUUUAAUUUGAAGGAAGAUAUUUUCAGUGAUUGGAAACUGAGAAGUGUUUUUUCCAUUAGUUAAAAGGGAAAAAAAAGUACAAAAGACUUUGUGGGUUUUUGUUCUUUCCUUCAUUUUCCGAAUCUGAUAAAAUAAAUCUGGUAGUAUAGAAUAACCACUAGAGAAGCUGUGUGUACUUCUCAGGAUCAAGAAUAACAAUUUUGUUUUUCUUUCAAAACUCUUUCUAGCUAUUUAGUUGAAGACAGUGGAAAAAAUCUGACAUUAAUUCUUAAACCAGAUGACAUAAAACUUACUGUUUUACUUCUUCAUUAGUGUUGAUUGAAAGAACAUGUAUCCAGACUCUAGAAGCUGUAAAAGAUGGAAAGCAGUACAUGACAGACUGUGCUGGUGGCCAUAUGCCGAGUUGUAUAGGGCCAAUUUUGUUUAUUGUUUCAGGGAAACAUUACAGAACUGUUAAGUGGGGAGAGGUAUGGGGGAAGAAGGAUUAAAACUUUAUCUGCUUUCAGAUCCAGGUUUAGGAUCCCGAGUGGUGGUAUAAAUAGCCUGGGCAACACUCAACUGUUUCUUCCUUCUUUCCUUUAUAUAUAUUUAGAAAAUGGAAUGUGAGUAGAAAGUAGUAUUUGCAAAUUAACACUUUUGUUUCUCAUUUAUUUAUAUUAGAACACAAAACUUAAAACAGGUUAAGAUGGUGUUUACCCUGAAUAAUUGUAACUCUUUAAUUUUUGCUGGCAUAGAUAGGCUGGUGUACCUUUGUACGGACAAUGAAUGCCAGCCUGUUCUGGUUCUAGUUAAAACAGAAUAAGCUAGACCAGCAGGUUUGUUUCUUUCUGUUGCUUUUGCCUCAGUGUUCAGACUUGUGUUGACUUGACUGUUUUUUUAAAGAACAAGAAAUAAAGUCUGCUUUUCUAAUUAUCAUGACAAAACACUACCUAGACCCGUAUUUAAAAAAAAAAAAAAUAAAAAACCAACAAACUCUUCUGACUGUUUAAUGAGCAAAGAAAUACAGUUCUGAUGAAAUAAAUGACAGGCGAGUACAGAACUGUUUGGAAACAUUUCCAGAGAAUAGAUGGGAAAAGAUUAUUUUUAAAAUAUUUUUAAAUAUAUUUUUUUAAAUUCUAAUUUUAAUUUUUUUACUGAGAAGGAUUCUGGCAAGGUUUAUCCCUGUAUCCAUAACUAAUCAAUACUUUUAUUAGCAGUCUGUUGAAGUGUAUUAAAUUUGGAAAUGAGACCAAAGAGAGAGAACUGUCACUCUGAGAGCAGAAUUAAAAUUAAUACAGUUAUAAACUAUACUAAACAUUAUCUACUGUAUUAAAUAUUAGCUAUGCAAAUAAAGGCCAGGGAAUAAUUGAUUGUGACAGUCUUUCAAAAAACUAUUUGGAUUCUGAAGCAGACCAUAAACUGAAUAUGAAGUGGUCAUGGGAUGCUUUUGCAGAAGCAAGUAUCAUACUUGAGUGUGUCAAUGAGAUUGUCCACGAGAUAUGUAAAGUACUACUCUGACUUUAUUUAGCAUUGCUCUUAACCAAAAUAUCACCUUGGCCACUGCAUUUAAAAAACAACAAACACCUGAUCAACUAUAAGAAAGAUAAAGAAAUUAUCAAAAACCUUCUGUUUUUUCCACAAAAGCUUUGAUGUUCUUUUCUAGAAACUGGAGCUAUCUAGUCAAAAGAAGAGAAGGCUAAGUAAUCUAUUGGAGGAUCUUUGAGAGUAACAGAUCUCUGCUAGACUGGAAAGCUGAUCCUGUUUAAUUGGAAGAUUGAAUUAAUGUUUUCAAGUCGCUUUAAUACCGUUUUGCAGGUUUUUUUGUUGAAUGCAAUUAGUUGAGCAAUUCACUGCAAGGAGAAUGGAACUGAGGAAGGUGGCAGAAACAGCAGGAGGGGAACCAUUUAAAAUGGGAAAAGACAAUGUUCAAUGUUUACAUUUAUAUGACAGUCUUAAUUUUUUGCUAUUAAACACAUUGUUUGCUGAUGAUACUAAAUUGUGAGGAACUAUUAACUCCCUUGAAGGCGGACAGGCUCUCCAGAGAAACCUCAACAAGUUAGAGGGCUGGGCAAUCACCAGCUAUAUGAAUUUAGCAAAGACAAGUGCCAGAUUCUGUGUCUGGGAUGGUGUAACCCUGGAUGUAUGGAUGGACUGGGGAAUGAAACAAUGGAAAGCAGCACGUGGGAAAGGGACCUGUGGGUCCUGGUUGGUGGCCAGUUGAAUGUGAGCCAGCAGUGCCCUGGCAGCCAGGAGGGCGAACCCUGUCCUGGGGGGCAUCAGGCACAGCAUGGCCAGCUGGGCAAGGGAGGGGAUUGUCCUGCUCUGCUCUGAGCUGGGGCAGCCUCACCUCCAGUGCUGGGGGCAGUUCUGGGUGCCACAAUAAAAGAAAGAUACAAAGCUGUGAGAGAGUGUCCAAAGGAGGGCAGCACAGAUGGUGAAGGGCUUUAGGAGAAGCCUUUUGAAGAGUGACUAAGGUCACUUGGUCUGUUCAGCCUGGAGAAGGGAGGGUCUCUGAGGGGAGACCUCAUUGCAGGUACAACUUCCUUGCUGAGGGGAAGGGCAGACGCUGAUCUGUGGUAACCAGUGACAGAACUCAAGGGAAUGGCCUGAAGUUGUGUCAGGGGAGGUUUAGGUUGGAUAUUAGAUAAAGGUUCUCCACCCAGAGGGUGGUUGGGCACUGAACAGGCUCCUCAGGGAGAUGGUCACAGCACUUGGUUCAAACAAGAAGUGUUUGAACAAUACUUUUGUGCAUAUGGUGUGACUCUUGGGGCUGUUCUCUGCAGGUCCAGGAGUUGGACUUCAGUGACCCCGAUGGAUCCUUUCCAACUCAGGAUAUUCUAUGACUGCUUUGUUCUGACGAGAGCAUAAUUUGUUUGUUGAACACUAGAGCUAAUUAAAGCAAUGAUCAUGUGAUAACUGCUGACUAUUUUCAAGUUCUUGGAAUCCUCUGGCAAUAAAAGAUGUUUCCUUCAGAAACUGGCUUGGGGUGGCCACACCCCAAGAGAAACAUAUGAUUACAGAUCUAGUUGCGUUUCUCAAAAGGAAAAUGUCUCAAACUCCUAGAAUUGAGACCAAAUAUCAAAAAAAAAGUGGAAAAAUGUAUUAUAUAGAAGUUUGUUAACUUGCAGUUUAAAAAUAUAUAAUUAUGCUGAUAAAAAAUUCCAAUACUUUACACUGAGAAACCUGGUAUUCUUACCUAUGCUGAACACUAUUUCCUUAAUUUGAAGCUGGAUUGUUGCACAUGACAACCACAAAAUAUUUUUAGUCCAAGGGAAACUUGACUGCUCUUCUAGGUAUGAUUAAUGUGUACAAGCACAGUUGAGACUCCUCCCCUCCCUUCACUUUGGAGGUUGGGAGGUAGAUGGCUUUAAGGUGCAGAAGCAUUUGCAAUUUUAUUUUUUUUCAAGCUAGCAGCUCUGAGAGUAGUCAUUUAUGAACUUGUUCCUCAGUGUGUGUGGAAGGAGGAGAUAUGUUUUGCAGCAGAAACCAUGAUGAGAAGUCCAGGCAUUCCUUCAGCUCUGAUGGGAAGUUUGCUAUUUCUCUGUACCUUCACUGAAAGCCAUCUUCAGUAUUGGCUUUUGGUUAGUAAAUGUUUUAAGGAACAUAAAUCAAGCUCACCUUUUCCUCAUGAUAAUGCAGAAAGAAAGAGUCAGUCGAUAAAAUCGGGUGCUUAAAAUCCUCAAGUAUUGAUUACAGCUAUCAGAAACUGCUUUUCGCUAUGAUAAAAGCUGACCACACCAGCUUUAAUUUAGUUAUUUGUUAUUACUUGGGCAGAAGAAUUAAUUAAGGAUUCUGUUAUGUUUUUUAAAUUUCAUAUGGUGUUUCUUGGCAAUGUCCCCCUCUUUUUUUUUCAUUUUAUAUUCUACUGAAAGUCAUGGAUUUAGUAUUUCUUUUUGAAAACAAAGCUUCUCUUUUAUUGCUGGUGAGUAUUAACAAAAUCAUAUAUAUUCAUGUUGUCUUUUCCUGAGACUUCUUUUAUGUGUCCAGCCCAAGUGGCAGACAGAGCAGGGGAGUCAACUGGAACAGGUUAUUUACUGUUUGAGAUUUGAAAUACGGAAGAUAAGUUUCACUGAGGAAACACAAAGAUUUGAUUUUUUGAUUUUUUUUGUUAAAGCAAAGACAUGAACUGCACACUUCACCCAGAAACCUAACCUGUCUCCUCAUCUAGGAACUGAAACAGUUUGGACCUGAAAUAUUUAUUUCACAGUUUGUGUGAACUGUAGCAAGUGUUAGCUCAGAUAGUAUUUACAUUGCACAAUUCUUCACAAGCAAGUAUGUUAAUUGUAGAGCUAAUAUUGUGUCAUCAAACUGAAUGUUUGUCAGUUAAAAAUGGAGCUGUGUCAGUUUUUAGAAUUAUAAAACAGAUUGCUUAAUUUUCACUUUGUAGGUAAUUGAGAUGCUCUGUUCCUUACUUGCGACCAUUGUUUUGUAGAGUCUUAUAUAACUGCAUACUCAAAACCAGAGUGAUCUAUGAUGGAUUUUAAUGGCUGUGAAGUUAAACCUCUGGCUACAUCAGCAAGUUACCACGAGUGUAUGCCGAGAGUAUUUUCAGAAUGGUGGGAAAAGAAAAGCACUUGAGAAAGAUGAAAAAAAAGCACUUCUUGCUUCUAAGACCACUCCAGCUUUAAAUGUUCCUGAGACUCCCAAGAUUGAAGAUCCUUUGCCAAACUUCGGCUUGACAAAUCAUGAAGCUAUGACAGAAGAGUUCCUUCACUCCUUGGGAAAGAUCAGAUUACUUGAUGUUGGUAGCUGCUUUAAUCCAUUUCUGAAGUUUGAAGAAUUUCUGACAGUUGGCAUAGACAUUGUUCCAGCUGUUGAGAGCGUAUACAAAUGUGACUUCCUAAAUCUUCAAAUUCAGCAACCUCUUCAACUGGCACAAGAUGCUAUAGAUGCCUUUCUUAAGCAACUGAAAAAUCCCAUUGAUUGUCUACCUGGAGAACUGUUCCAUGUUGUCGUUUUCUCGCUCCUCCUUUCUUACUUCCCAUCACCCUAUCAACGAUGGAUAUGCUGCAAGAAGGCACAUGAACUCCUCGUAUUAAAUGGCUUACUGCUUGUAAUAACUCCUGAUUCAUCUCAUCAGAAUCGCCGGGCUAUGAUGAUGAAAAGCUGGAAAAUUGCCAUAGAGUCCUUGGGUUUUAAACGCUUCAAGUAUUCCAAAUUUUCUCACAUGCACCUGAUGGCAUUUAGGAAAACUUCCCUGCAAACAACAAGUGACUUAGUUAGCAGGAACUACCCAGGAAUGCUGUAUAUCCCACAGGAUUUCAACAGUAUAGAGGAUGAGGAGUAUUCCAACACUGCCUGCUAUGUUCGGUCAGACACAGAAGAUGAACAGCUAGCUUACGGUUUUAUGGAGCUACCUGAUGCUCCCUAUGAUUCAGACUCUGGAGAAAGCCAGUCUAGUUCCAUUCCUUUCUAUGAGCUAGAAGAUCCUAUAUUGCUUCUAAGUUAAUGUAGUAGUUGAAAUGCCCUUUCAGUCAAACCUCUUGCUUAACUAAUUUUGCUAUACUAACAUGGGCUCAACACAGAAAAAUGGUUUGCAUAAAGAAAAUGCAAAGGUUUACAGAGUUUGCUAUUUUUUUCUACUUUUGAAUUUUAAAAUUUAUUCUUGUAUGAAAGUGAAAAAAUACAAGUUUUAUGCAAAUGACUCAUGUCAUAGCAUAAAUUGCUGUUACUUUCUUUAGAUUUGUAUCGCUAUUUUUUUUCCAGAAAGGUACCAUUCUCUUCUUUAGUGCUGUGAAGUGUGAGUUCUAUUUAAUUUGUUAAAUGUUGUUUCAGUAUUUUAAGACAAUGUGGUUGAGCUUAAGGCACUGGAGUUGGUGGGCUUCUGAGAAGUAAAUGUAGGAAGAAAUAAUUUGCACUUUAAUUAAACGUGCAGAUAGGUUAAGACACUUGGUUACAAAUGUCCCUUCUUAAUUACGGAACAAAACUUUUUUCUUCCAAAAUUUGUUUCGCUCUGGUUAAGCCUGGGCUGGAGAAACAGUAAUGCUUGCACAUUUGAUUUUAUGGUUAUUGCAGCCCUCUUGAUGUAACACCAAAACACUGGAAUAUAUUCAUCCACAGUUAUACAUACUGUGUAAUUUCAUUGUAUAAAUAGCAAUUUCUGAUGAGGCUUUUCCCCCAGAGGAGUAUGGUACGUCUAGACAAUUAUGUUUCACUUCAAAGCUGGAAUAUGUUUUGCAGUUUUAUGAGUAUACAAGCACUAAUAUUUAUCAGUAUUUCCACAACUACAGUGUUCUGUAUUCUCUUCCAGCUGUGUUUUUUGGGGGACAGGAUGAGUUUUGUCAUGUUUUAUAGUAAAUUAUUUAUGCAUUUUUAAAAGAAACAACUUUUUUUUUUGAAUUGUCCUUAUUUGUAGACCUUCUAAGUUAGCCAGUGACUACAAACUGAUUUUGUAAGAAGGAACAUAACUACAAGUUUUUCAAGGAUACACAUAUUUGCAUAAAGCCAUGUAAUUGAGACCACACAAGUGAAGUUAACACAUGCUUUUUGUUUGCUUAUUAGGACCCAAAAAUCAGUUCAGUUAAAUAAAAACUGAGUGAAAACUGGUCUGCGCUGUAAGGAGAUGAAACAUCUGUUUUUACAUCUAUAAAUUUUUAAUUUGUAUAAUGAAUCUGUGAGUUUUUGCAGGAAAAAUCAAUUCUGUUCAGUGGUUAGAAAAAGAGGAUUCAUUAUUGGUUUAGCUUAGAUUUUCCUCCAUUUAAAAAUAAUGGCCAGAAUUUUCCGAUUUGGAUAUUAGGCUCUUAAAUCUAUAUGUAGGUGCCUAGUAGUAAAUGAUUUGAACUAGGUGCCAGAUCAUGAUUUAUUUCUGACUGCUGAAAAUUGGUAAAACAAUACUAAUACAUUUUCACAGGUGAUUGUGAUGAAGUAUCUUACACCAUAAUAAACUGCCACAUUGUAUUUAUAUGAAAGUUGCUAGAUAAAUUGAAGUGUAGUGUGGAUUUUACAGUGGUUGCUACAAAAAUGAAACUUACUCCUUCCAUUGAAGUUUUGCACUGAAUGUGUCACAGUUUGACCUACCUGUUUUUCUUUUAUAGUAUUUCUUACAUAGAGUAAUCACAUUGGUCCAGCUUAUGCUCAAAUGUGAUAUGGACUGUGGUGCUGUAUUCUUUAACAUAAGCUUUUUGUAUCUCUUUCUGAAUUUAAAGCAUUCCCAAAUACCUAAUUCAAAUUUGUUAUUCAGUCUGAAUGAUAGAGUUAUACAAACCAAGCAAUUAUAUUCUGAUGUGUACAAAAGAAAAGAAUUAAGGUUAGACAUACAAGAGUCAUGGUUCACUUGGUAAUUUUUGUUACAGAGAAUACUUCUCUAAUGAAAUACACAAUGGCUUCAAAAUUGGCUUUAAGACACUAUUUUCAUUAAAAUGUUUGUCAUUGAAAGCCUUUUUUCCCAAUUAACCACUGAUUCCAGCAGUGCUCAUGUUAAAAUAUUGCUGCUGUAAAUUCAGCUGUUUACGGGAGGUUAAUAUGUGCAUUCUUGAAAGUAUACCUAAUAACUGAUUAACUGAUACUCGAUUUAAAAACUAGUACACCAUCAGGCAUAUGUGUUUGCAUUGAUUACUGUAAAUUGGUUUGCAAUUCAUACACAAAGAAGUGCAAUUCAGAUGAAGAUCUAUCCCCCAAAAUAGCUUACAUAUUAAGAUUCAAAGUUUAAUUCUUUUUGGGAGGUUGGUGACAACACUGUGGUUUAGGGACCUGAGAUUCACAACAGCUUGGUUUUCUUGCUGAUCAUUCUAAAUGCCCAAAGCAGGUUUAUUGGUUAUUUGGUUUUGUGGGUUUGUUUAUGUUGGGUUUUUCUUUUUUUUUUGGUUUGGUUUGUAUUGUUUUUUUUUCACAAGGGACAGGAGAUUGUUGUGGAGGAGGAAAGUGAUUUACAUAAAUACUUACAUCUCUCUUAAUAAUAAAGUGGUGAUAUCAGGAGUUGUAUAUUUGA